UGACCACUGUCCUAAACGCUUCUUAACUUUGUCUUCGACUACGUCUCCGUUUCCUACAUCUCUCUCUCUCUCUCUCUCUCACCCAAUUUGCUCAGAGAAAAUGGACGCCAUAGAUUCAGUAGUGGAUCCGCUCAGAGAGUUCUCCAAGGACAGCAUUCGGCUCGUCAAGCGGUGCCACAAGCCUGAUCGCAAGGAGUUCACGAAGGUGGCGCUCCGUACAGCGAUCGGGUUCGUAGUGAUGGGAUUCGUUGGGUUCUUCGUGAAGCUGAUCUUCAUCCCCAUCAACAACAUCAUUGUUGGAUCUGUUUAGGUCGUGUGCUGAAGUUAGAAAGAUGAUAGGUGCAGCAACUUGAAUUCACUAAGAAAGCAGUAGCUUUUAGUUCUCGUUUGGUUCCUUUUGAGAUACGUUUGCUUUAUUUCUGUAAAACCAUGAUACAUGCACUUUCUAGUUUUCCAUAAUUGAGACCGCAUAUUUUUUCUUUCAAUUUAAAUUUUGAUGCCCUGGAUUUGGUUUA